GGAACAGGGGGGAGGGGGGGUUUCGACAAUUUGAGUCUCGGAAAAGAAUGAAUAGGUAUAAACCAAACAAUGAUUGUUUAGGUACAUAUCUACCUCGGUACCCAACAUAGAAAAUCAAGUUGUAAGAGAGAUACCGAAUGACUGGAAACCGACGAAGCUUGGCCAACUGUAUUACCCAGGUAAUAGAGUCAAAACAUGCUAUAACCUGCCUAAGCAAGAAUAUCGUCUUUUAGCACUCCGCAGUGAUAGGGAAUAGCUGUAAGUGACCUAUGCAUAAAGCCCCUGCUACCUAGGUACUUAGGUACUGGAGGUAGUUAAGAGGGAUAGGGAUGACAUUGUUCCACUAUCAUGGACCGAGUCGUACUUUUUGCGCCCAUGGUUUGCAUCUUACUUCACAACCGAAAAGCCUGCGACAUGGGCGAUUACCUGAUGCCGGCCCCGGUGAGCCUUACUCACCCGGGAGCAUUCUCGUUCGGUGCCGAUAUUCGACGGGAUACUACUCUGCCUUUCGAUAGCAGAUGCGCACGUGGGGGUCGAGGUGUGUUUACCAUUGAGAAGAUUCAGCAUCCGCGCUAUAAGAUCGUGAUCAACAAUAAAAGACCCAUGUGGGUGUCGACAUUCCCCGAAUCAGUGUUGUAGCCCGCACUAAGAAGCGCCGCAAAAUGGCGCAAUACUGCGGAUCUCACCCGGAUGGCUCAACCCCCUGGGACCUGAAGUUGCGUCAACUGGUUACCC